CUCAGUCUGUCAUCCUGUUCAUCCCCUCACUCCAUAUCCUCGCCAUGCCCGUAGCUAUUCUCACACCUUCACAACCCGUUGGCAUAAAGUCCUACUACCAAGCGAAGAUCGAGGCUUCGGAGCUCGACAUCAAUCAGAAGACCCAGAACUUGCGCCGGUUAGAGGCACAGCGGAACGCGCUCAAUGCUCGAGUACGUCUGCUUCGUGAGGAGCUGCAGCUGCUCCAUGAGCCAGGCAGCUAUGUUGGCGAAGUGGUAAGAGCUAUGGGUAAGAACAAGGUGUUGGUAAAGGUGCAGCCUGAGGGCAAAUAUAUUGUCGACUUCGACCCCGACAUCGAUGUCACGACUCUCAAGCCAUCACUACGCGUCGCUCUCCGUUCGGACUCCUACACAAUACACAAGAUCCUCCCCAACAAGGUCGAUCCACUUGUGUCCCUGAUGAUGGUCGAGAAGGUGCCCGACAGCACAUAUGAGAUGGUCGGUGGUCUCGACAAACAAAUUACGGAAAUCAAGGAAGUCAUCGAGUUGCCCGUCAAGCACCCGGAGCUUUUCGAGUCCCUCGGUAUCGCGCAGCCAAAGGGUGUCCUGCUUUAUGGACCUCCCGGAACAGGCAAGACACUUCUGGCGCGUGCUGUCGCGCACCACACCGACUGCAAGUUCAUCCGUGUCUCCGGCUCCGAGCUCGUGCAGAAGUACAUCGGCGAGGGCAGCCGGAUGGUCCGCGAGCUGUUCGUCAUGGCGCGGGAACAUGCACCGAGCAUCAUAUUCAUGGACGAGAUCGACUCUAUUGGUAGUUCGAGAGGAGAGAGCGGAUCGGGCGGUGGCGACUCGGAAGUGCAGCGGACGAUGUUGGAGCUGCUGAACCAGCUUGACGGAUUCGAGCCUACGAAGAACAUUAAGGUUAUCAUGGCAACAAAUCGAAUUGAUAUUCUCGACUCGGCGCUGCUCCGGCCGGGUCGCAUUGAUCGAAAGAUCGAGUUCCCGCCGCCGGGCCCCGAGGCCCGCGUUGCCAUUCUUCGCAUUCAUUCUCGAAAGAUGUCUUUGCAACGUGGUAUCAACUUGCGUGCUUUGGCGGAGAAGAUGGGUCAGUGCUCAGGAGCCGAGGUUCGCGGAAUUUGCACGGAGGCGGGUAUGUAUGCAUUGCGGGAGCGGAGGCAACAUGUCACACAGGAGGAUUUCGAGUUUGCGGUUGCGAAGGUUCUCAAGAAGAACCAGGAGGGCAACACGUCGGUCAACAAGCUGUUCUCUUGAUCCGUUAUGUUACUGUAUUCGAUAUUUGAUCUGUCUUCUCUACGAUGCAUUCUUUUCCGAUCCUGGAUCCAAAACAAAUGCAUGAUGUCGAGCACUAAGCGUCAGGCAUUCUCUUAGCUGCGUUAAGUUAUCACAGUCCGUGAUCACUAUGAUAGUGACUAUCGUCAAACGCGUGUUCUCCUUAUCAUACAACACUUUCCCACUUGGAACGGCAUGGCGAGUUAUAAAUUGUUGAUUUGGGCGUCGC